AUAGAGGAAAAAAGGGAGAAAUGGUUUUUUAUUGAGCCAUUCUUCUGGCGGUGAUUUAACUGCUGGUGAUACAUGUUGAACCCCCCUCUCCUUGUUACCUGUGCGCUUCGUGUUUAUUUACCAAGUAAACACAACCUUGUUGCUAAGCAGCAGGCUUCCAAGACAGUGAUUUCUUCUGGUUUUGCUGUACCUCUUUCUUAAUCUGCCUUGUUUUUGACGGGCAUGAUUUUUUUUAAAAAAAAAGCUUUCUCCGUUGGAUUUAAAGUCAGAACCUGGUAACAAUUAUCCUUUUUCUUUUGUCUGUAUUAUCAUGACUAUCCACAGACAAUCUACUGUUAUCUUUGUUCAUUCCACGGCCCAUUGGGAGUCUAUUUUGCAACAGAGAGCUCAAUUGCUGGGUAUAAGUCGAGAAACAGCACCAGAAAAGCAACAAAAACCAAAGGUCUAUAAAGAUAAGCGACCUGAGAGUAGCGAUGAGCAAAAGAAAGAAUCCCGCUAUUCUCAUCUUAUUGGGAAAGAAGGCAGUCGUAGAAGACAACGUUGGACAAAUAAUACUUUUUCGGAUCACCCCUCUGCUGUGCUUUAUGCUGAGGAUUUACGUCCUCCUGGUUAUCAUACAAAUCAACCUAGAAAACAUCACCAAACAAUUACUGCUUUGUCACUCGAUCAAGAAGAUCAAGAAUUGACAUUGAACUUGAUUGAAAAGAAUGCUACACCACAAUUACUUUCAAGACAUGUUCGUCAUGAUCUAAAGAAAGCCCAUAUCUCACAAAGUUUGGUCACCAAUUACGAGCUUCAACUGAUCCAGUUCAUUGAUCAGUGGCUAAACGAUCUUUAUGCACUUGAACAUGCUUAUCUCAAACUACAAGUGGCCUCAAAUAACCAAUUUGAGCGAUAUGUACUGCAUACCAUGAGUAGAUAUUAUGGACUUUAUUCUUUUAGUCAAGAUGAUGAUGAGCAACAUGGUCGAAUGACAUAUAUUUGUCACCCUGCCUACACUAAUUAUGUUACAAAAAGCGACAAAGAUUCGAUAGAUUAUGUAAAUGCUGCCAAUUGGAGUAUGCCAGAGAAAUCAUUCUAUGAUUAUUUAUUCAAUAGAAAGUAAACUCAGAAAGAUUCAUUAAGCAACAACAAGAGAGAAUGUCUUUUAAGAAAGAGAGCUUGAAUAGUACACAUUGUUUUGUCAUUAUUGUGUUAAGGAACAACCAUAAAGCUUAUGAACUUUUUUUUCACAUGCAAAUAGCUCUGUUUUUUUUUCUGAAAAUAAUGCAUGUGAAGGACGAAUAGGUUAAGGUUCUGUGAUAGACAAAACUCGGUAAUGUCCUUUUUAUUUUUCUUUGUAUGAAUAGCGUAGAUGAUGUUGUUAGUGUCGGUAUUAGCUACAUACAAAAAAAGGUUGAACUUUAAUACAGCUAGAAAAAGAAAAAAAAGAGUGUUCAUUCCUUUAAUCAUUCUUGAAAAAGAAAGC